UAGUAAAGGUAAAGUGUCUGUGAUAACUAGUGAUAAGUAAACGUCUGGACGUGUAUUUUGUUAAAAUGUGUCAGAUUUGAUAAGGUUUUCUGCAUAUUUAGUAGUGUAGUGUUUCGUUCGCAUUACAUUUUCAAGGCCACUGGUGAAGAAGUGACACCAUGGAUUUCGUGAUCGGCGGGCUGGCCGGCGCAGGAGCCACGGUGUUCACCAACCCAAUAGAUGUUGUUAAGACGAGACUGCAGCUGCAGGGGGAGCUGCAGCCCAAGGAUCAGCAGGUGGUGCGUUACCGAGGCAUGCUGCAUGCGAUCUUCGUCAUCGGCCGGAAUGACGGUGUCCUCGCGUUGCAGAAGGGCCUCGCACCGGCUCUUGUACUCGGCUUCACAAUGAAUUCUGUCAGAUUAGGAUUAUACCACAUAUCAGAAGUCCGCGGCUGGACAAGCACAGCCACCGGCGAAGUGUCCAUCAGCAAAUCCGUGUUCUGGUCAAGCGUAAGCGGAAUCGUCAGCGGGGUUGUUGGCAACCCUGUAUCCGUGCUCAAGACGAGAAUUCAAGCGUCAUCACACCCGAGCAUAGCGGUGGGCAGACAGCACAGGUAUAAAGGUAUGUUCGACGGCAUGUCGAAGAUCUAUUCCUCGGAAGGCUUCAAGGGUUAUUUCGCGGGUGUCAACGCUGCCUGCACGAGGCUGGCGGUCGGCAGCGCCGCACAACUCACUACCUUCUCCAAAGCAAAAGAAUGGCUGGCAUCGCAUGGCAUUUGCGAUCGCUCACCCUUCUGGCUCUCCGUCCUAGCCAGCGCCAUAAGCGGGGCCGUGGUAGCCCUGGCCAUUUGUCCCUUCGACGUCACCACCGUGCGACUUUACAACCAGGGUACCGCCGCUACCGGAGGCCUACUCUACACAGGCGUGUUCGACGCCCUUUGCAAGAUCUACAAGACAGAGGGCCUCCACGGCCUCUACAAGGGGCUCGGGCCCCUCUACAUCAGGAUAACGCCACACACGACCCUCUCACUAGUCAUAUGGGAUAUGUUGAAUUUAUAUAUGAGCGAUAAAAGUAGCUGAUAA